UCCAUCCACUAUAUACUCUUCUUCCAACCUUCAAAUCUUCAAUUUUUGCCUAAACCCAUCACCCAACAUAUACGCUUACGUAAUUCGUAAUUAAGAAAAAAAUAACCAUCCAUCCAAAAACCAAACCUACUAUAUAUUCUUGAAGUAGAAGAGAGUGGAAACACCCCUUUGCUUGAAGUGUUAGGCAGGUAAGUUUGUUAUUUUCAAGUAGGCACAUCAUAUAUAAUUAAGUGGCAGUUGAAGAAAAAAAAUACAAAAGAAGGAGUCUUGCAGUGAAAGCUUCAACCUCUCCAAUUAUGAAACAUUUGAAUUUGUUUAUUUCAUGAAAGAGGAAGUUGACUAGGUAUAUACAUAUAUAUGUAUAGUAUUCUUAAGGCGUGUUUGUUUGGGGUGUGAAAUGGAUCAUGCUGUAGACUGUUAUUUCCUGGCAGCCUACGCAAGCUGACUCACUUUCCAAACAACCACUGCGGGCACCCAUAAAAUCUUCUCCUCCCAUCCUCCAUUUAUUUCUGGUCAUCUCAGAAGAAGAAGCUGGAAAACCCAAAGCUGGAGAAAAUGGGGUCUCAGAAAAUAUCAGUUCUUGAUGAACACACAAGCGGGACAAAGCCUGCAGAUAGCUUUGUUGUGGACAUGGAACGCUUCUCUAAUAAUCUCUUGGAGAAAGACUUGGCUGCAAAUUCAAGAAUUAAGAAGUUGCAGAGAAGCCUUUCAAGAAAAGGAUCAGUGAGAAGCAGCGAGAGGAAACCCAAUCCAAAUGCAGCAAAUGAGAAUCCCAUUAUUGCAACUUCACCAAGAGCUGCGCCAAGCACGCCUGAAAAGCUCACAGUAGUGACGAUGGGGGCCACAGAUAACUCCGCUUCUCAACCCCAUAAUCAGAUAACCAUCAUGGCGGGCGGCGCUACCCCGGCCGAAAGCAAACUGGGUGGCCGGCGGUUUAGCUUCAGAAGGCCUUCUUCAUCGCCUUCUUGGACCAUUGAUCCUAGAAGAAUCCUUCUCUUCUUUGCCACCCUGUCUAGCAUGGGAACAAUGUUACUCAUAUAUUUUACAUUAUCCAUGGGAAACCUCAGUGGAGAUGAAAGUGUUCUUAAUUAAGACUAUGCUGUCAUACUGAUCAACCGAUGUACAUUAAGCUAUAGCUAGUAACGAAGGAGCAGCUUUAUUUUCUUAUACUUGCGUAACAGUCAGCUCCAUCACGUUUCAAUGGCAGUAUUCCUUAUACUUGUGUAACAGUCAGCUCCAUCACGUUCCAAUGGCAGUAUUCCUUAUACUUGCGUAACAGUCAGCUCCAUCACAUUUCAAUGACAGGAUACUGGACUCGGUUCUCCUAGCCACCGCUUUGUGUUGACACCGUGGAUUCAUUCUGCAAGAGCGGUGGUGGGAGGCAGGUGCAAAAAGGCGAGGAAUGGAAGAGGAUAAUGGAAAGUGGAGUAGGUAGGAACUAGGAAGGCAAACAUCAUCACUCUUUUCAGGCUACCUUUUGUUGUGUGAUGUUUUAGGAGAAGACAAGAAUGGAAGCCACUAUGACAAAGAUAGGGAAUCUUAGAUUAUAUUAGUGUGAAAGAUCAGAAGAAACACAUGAUGUGCAUAUAUACCUGUUUGUUUUUGUAGCUUAUUGGAGAUCCACUUUGUCAUCU